AAAAACAACAUUUCAACUGCCUUCAAUUCAAUACACACCAAAACCAAAAGCAUUGAAUUCACAUCCUUUGAAAAGAUGAAUAUUGUUUCAGUUGUUCUGUUAUUCACCCGUUUAUUUAUUUUAUAAAACAGAGUAAAGUUUCAGUAAAAAACAGCGCUACUUUUGGGUCAAAAUGACAAGAGUACGGUGUUUCGUUCGUGCAUGUAACAAUGCAUCUUACAAGAAAGAUUCAAAUUGUUCUUUUCACGAUUUUCCGUCAGAUAAAAAGCUCAAGGAAAAGUGGUUAGCAGAAAUAAUGAAAUACGAAAAGUCAUGUGGUUGGUCGGAAUGGCUGCGUAAGACAACAGCACAUUCAAAAAUUUGUAGCGAUCAUUUUGAACCACAAUGCUUCCUAGAUUUUAGUAAAUUGAAAAAACUUAACCCCACAGCAGUGCCAACCGUUUUCUCAUCACCAUUUCAAUCUGCUGAAAGUGUUAAAAACAGUGGAACAUCUGCUGUCAACAGCCAUUUUUUGGAAGAACAGAGGAGAGUGGAAAUUUUUGGAAGUGAUCACACUUAUGGCCGAACAGUAAUUCAACCCGUCCAACAACCAAAUGAACUCCAGCCAAUUGAAGUUGUACUACUCGAAGACAGUUUGACAAAUCAUACCCAGGAAGAUGAUUGGAUUCCCUUAGCAAGAGCAAGAACGGAUACACGUUCAAUGACACCACCAAUAAGAGCGCCGUAUGAUUUAACUGGAAGGAUGGUAGAAGAACCGGAAAAAACUUUACCUGUGAACAGAAUUUCCGCUUCAGAACCAACCGUCACAUUACCUACUGCUGUCACAUCUAGCGAUCAAGGACGUGUACUCGUAACAUGUGGCCAAACAGCAAUUCAAGCUUACAUUGCUCAGCAACAAAAAGAAAUUCGGACAAUCCUAUCAACAUCCGGAGGCAGUGUGACGAAAGGUGGUGGAAUUCCCAUUAAAAGAGCAAGAAUUGACACAGCUUCAGUCACACGACCAAGAGCGCCGUAUGAUUUAACUGGAAGAAUGGUAGAAGAACCGGAAAAAACUUUAGCUGUGAAUAGAAUUUCCGCUUCUAAACCAGCCGUCACAUUACCUACUCCUACUACAUCUAGCAAUCAAGGACUUUUACCAAAUGACCGAACAGAAAUGUCAAUCCUACCAAAAUGCGGAGGCAGUGUGACGAAUCGGGGAAGUGGUGGAAUUCCCAUUCAAAGAGCAAAAAUUGACACAGCUUCAGUCCCACGACGAAUAGCACCGUAUGAUUUAACUGCAAGAAUGGUAGAAGAACCUGAAAAAACUUUAGCUGUGAACGGAAUUUCCGGUUUUCAACCAGCCCCCGCAACAUUACCUAUUCCUUCUCCAGCUAGCAAUCAGGAUUUCGUAAUCUUAUUUACUCCUCAGCCUACGAUUCCGGCCGCUCUUCCCGUUCAAAAUACUAACUACUAUCUAGUGCCAACUCCUGUGGCUUCAUCAGUCGUCGCCAGCAAGACAGUAACAGGAAUCUCUGAUAAUCAGCAAAAUCAGCAACAACGCGUUGAACCCAAUCCUGGAACUUGCAAACCGAAAAAAAAUAAAGAAGUGACGCAGAAAGCAAUCAAAAAGCGUAACGCUGCCUAUGAGAAACAAAGACAAAUGGUGAGGAAACUGAAGCGUAGGGUAGAGCAAAUGGAAAGAACGUAUGACAAGCUUCUGAAUACCGUGGGAUUUGCAUUAUACGAGCGAAGCCAAAAGGACAUUCGAGUCAAACGAAUGUUUCGUUCCAUCGAACGAAGCGAUGCUUUCAGGAGAUGAUAACGAAGAGGACCAUCCCGCUUUUCUCAUCGAUCAGAUACUGAACUUUAAUGCUAAAACUGCAGUCAAUGUCAAAUACAGUCAAGCGACUAUGCGAAGUGCGACGACCUUGAGCGCGAAAAGUUCUUCAACUUAUGAUUUUAUCCGCAAUCAGGGUGUUCUCAUUCUUCCUUCGCGUAACACGCUCGUCCAGCGUAUGAAAAAAGCGUCCGCCAAAGAAGAUGUUGUUGAGCAAGAAACCGACGCACUAGAAGGCCUUCUCACCUUGCACACGUCCGAUUGAUGGCCUCUUUGUGAUCAUCGGAGCUGUUUGAAAUGUAAUUAGUGAAGCGCUCAACUAAACCGGAAACAAUUCAGAAAUAAAUGUCUUUCACAGGUA